AUGUGCGACGUGCAGGCGGACUCCGGGCUAAGUAAGCAGGCUGGCGUGCGGGCGUGCGGGCGUGCGGCGUGCGCUCAAAGACGGCGACGCUGGACGCUGGCAAGACAGUCACGGGACUUGGUUGCGGCGGCGCUUCAGUCUCGAGCGGCUGCCGUGCAAUGGAGCGCGCGAUGGGUGCAGACACUUGGAGGAGACGAGAAGACAGUCCGGCGAUGGGACUUGGGACUUCGGCAGCAGACAAGAGGUAGCCUCAGAGCAGCGCGGCGGCUUCAACGGAACAACGCAAGCCUUUUGGGGCUGUGUAUCGCCGCGGCCAACCACGCUGCACUGCAACGACCCACCGCCAAACAUCCAAGACGUGCCUCUCCAAACAACUGCGUCGCAACACGAGACACGUCGACGCCACACGCCCCGCGAGCCUCGUCUCGCGCACCUGCUCGCCGCCCCCGUCCAGCCCUCGCAGGAAGAUUCUGCCAUGGCGACUCCGCGACGGCGCGCACACCUGAGCUGAGCGUGCCAAUGCUCCCAGCCUGUGUCGGGCUAGACUGCACGACGAGCAUUGAGCCGGUGUGGUGGCGCAGCCCAUCCUGCCUCUACCGCUCGCUGCUUCCCCAAGCCUACCCGUUCUUGCCGAUACUCCAAACCAGCCGAGUGUUGCUCCAACGAGACGACUCGCCGCCAGCGCCCGCCGAUCCAUACCCUACAGGCUGA